AUGGAAGAUGAGUUAGAAGAAGAUGGUGAUAUUGAUGCAGCUAUUAAAAAAGCGGAUGCAAAGAAAAAACAAUCCACCGUGAAACAGAGACGUGAGUAUUUGAACUUGGUAUCCAAUAUUACAACACCAGAAGAUUUGGAAACACUGAUGCGCAAGACUUUUAUGGAAUCCCAAACUACAGUAGCGGCACACAAGCGUGAAUUGGUCAUUUUGAAAGCAUUAAUGGUUAGAGCAUAUGCUUUGGAGUUAAAUGAUAAGUUCAAUAUGACAUUUUGUAAAUUACUGAGCAAAAUUUUACCACUGAAGAGGAAUAUCAAACCAGCUGACAAGGUGGUUAAAUUUGUGUCUUCAUUCUUUGAAAAUAUAAAUCCAUUGAAAAUUCGUGACGGAGAAGAACUUCAAGUACCUAUUCCUGCUUCCGCAUUUGAGGAAGUACAUGCUUUGUUUAUUAAUAAGGUUGUCAAAUAUUUAAUGAAAGGACUGGAUGCUAAAGAUACUACAGUGAGGUACAGAUCAUGUCAGUUAUUAUAUCAUAUUAUUGGAAACAGUGGUGCUAUGGAUGAGGAUUUGUAUGAAUCUAUAUCAGAUGAAUUAUCAACUAAAGUGUAUGAUAAGGAUGCAGCUGUUAGAGUCAAGGCAAUAGCUGCUCUCGCCUGCUUCCAAAAUGAAGAUGGUGGAUCUCUCUCUGUUGCAGGGAAGAAGAUUAGAUUUAUAAUGCAAAAUGACUUAAAUGCAGAAGUAAGAAGAGCGUGUCUAAAACACAUUGAAAAAAAUCGAUAUACCGAACCAUUUAUUGUCGAACGUGCACGAGAUGUUGAUACAGUCAAUCGACGGACACUAUAUACAAAGAUCCUCCCAACCUAUUCUUCAGUCACUGAAAUUAGUUCUGCGAAUCGAAAUAAAUUGCUCGAAUGGGGAUUACGUGACAGGGAUGAAAGCGUCCGUAAUGCGUGUGCCAACUGGCUAACUAAUACAUGGAUGUCUAACGCUAAUAACAAUAUUAUGGAAUUUUUGGACCAGUUGAAUGUAACCGAAAGCGAGAUUGCAGAUACUGCAGUUCGUGUUCUGUUGAAUAGAAAUACUGAAAUCGUGAAUACAUUUGAAUUUAGCAAGGAAUUUUAUGACAAUUUAACGCCAUCAUUGGCAUUGCUAUUACGAGUGACUUACGAGUAUUGCCAUGAUAAUCAAAAGGAAGAUGUUAUUGACCGACUAUACCCUGAGGCCGCUGAGUUUGCCGUAUUAUUUGAAAAGUUUUUCGUGGAAAGGACAGAUAAUUUACAGAAGAUCAGUGAAAAUAGGGAAAAGCUAGAAAACGAUCCGAACAUAGUUAAAGAAUUGGAGAUAGUUGACCCGGAUGACUAUGAUUAUAUAGUUAAGCAGCUAUUGAUGAUUGCCGUAGACUACGAUUACAGCGACGAAUUCGGGAGAAACAAAAUGUAUAGUAUUUUGAGGUCAACAUUGGCAAAUAAUACUAUUACAGAACCAUUAUUACCGUUACUUAUGGAGUGUUUGAGAAAAUUGGCUGUGAAUGAGAGAGACUUUUGUCAAAUGACUGUUGAAAUCAUCAAUGAUUUAAAAGAUAACGCCUAUGAAAAACUGAUGCAAGAGAAAAAAAUGGAGGAAACGCAAAGGAGGAGAGAGUCAGAAGAACAGAGAAAAAGGAGAAAGAGAAGAUAUGGCAACGAAGAAGAGGAAGAAGGGGAUAAGGGGGAAGAGGACUUGGACAAAGGUAAUCAUGAGGUUAGUGAUUUGAAUGAAAGAGUUGCAAAAUUGUUAAAUGAUGAUGGUGAUAUAUCAGAUGAGCAGGAUUCAGACGAUGAUUCGGAUGAAUAUCAUUCUGCAGUAAACGAAAUGUCUAGACAAUCGAUUAUUGAAGCCAAUAAAUCGAGACAAGAAGAAAUUGAUCAAGUCUCGGCCUUACCACCACAGGUAUUAACGGAUUGCUUGACAAUAACAAAAUGUAUGCUACAGUUGGUGUUUUCUCCCUUAAGAGAAAACAUGCUUUUAAUAUCAUUAUUGGACAAUUUCAUUGUACCUUGUGUUAACGAGAGGUCUGAGGUUGAAGUGAGAGAGUUGGCGUUGAUAUGUCAUGGACUAUGUGGAUUAUUGGAUAAAGAAGUUGCUGUUUCUACCAUGGUUGUUGCUGGUAUUUUUGUUACACGAAGUGACUACGAAUCAUUUGUUGUCACGGGAUUAAAAGUUAUUGGAGAUCUUCUAACAAUUCAUGGGAUUUCUAUCCUACAAUCUGAGAGUCAAAUUAGUAUUGAUUCUAUGGCAGUUGCUAAGGUUUUUUACAGAACAUUGAAGGAUCAAAGUAAGCCUGAAGCACAGACCACGGUUGCCAUCACACUGUUCAAAUUAUUCCUCUGUGGUGUGAUUACAGAUGAUGAAUUAUUUGAAACCACGUUGUUGGCGUAUUUUAAUCCAAAGGUAAAUAACAAUCCAUCCUUGAAGCAAUGCCUAACCUUUUGCAUUCCAACAUACGCUUUUUCUCACCAGGAUCAUCAGGAGCUUAUUGCUAAUAUUGUCUAUGAUACCAUUUCCCGGAUAUAUAAGGAUUGGCCAGAAAUUCAAAGACUGAACCAAGAGAAUGAAAUAAAGAAACCAAUCACGGCAAACUUUAUAAUUGAAAGUUUACUCUAUUGGACGGAUCCAUAUAACUUGGCAAUGGUUGAUGAAGAGGAGAUGGAAAAAAGUUCUAACCACUUGGAUGUUGGAAUCCAAUUCAUGAAGCUAUUAAGAAACUUUGAUUACAAUAACAAGCUCCACAGAACCUUAUACAAGCCGAUAUUGCGUGCACUGAGUAAGUUGACAUUUACAUCGAAGGCAGACUUGACCAAGUUACGCAAAUUUAGUCAGUGUUUCGAUGACGAAACGUUGUGUCAAGGUGAUUUAGACGAAGUACUAAAAGGAGAUGCAAUCUGUAAGACAAAUUUCUUGAAAAGUCACACGUACGUUCAGGAUUGUCUUAGAGAUGCUGAAGCACGUGCCGAAGCAAAUGCCGAUACAGAUGACAUUGUAGAUGCAGAAAAUAAUGAGGCUAACACCGAAGUUGAAAAUGAAGCCACUAAGAACAAUGUCAAUUCACAUGAGGCGGUAUCCGGCGGCCAUCGUCCCGGAAAAGCUUUGAGUUUGCAUGAGGAUACUUCCCAAAUAGGAAGUUCUCAUUCUACCUCGAAUAACACCAACGCUUUCAACGGCGAAGAGAAGAGUGAUUCGUCGGCUGUGACGGUGAAGAGAGAGACUAAGGAAGAAGACAACGGCGACCGGGUCGCAGAAGUAGGACAGGAACUGGGGGCCAGUGAUAGCCCUGUGGAAGUCGUGCAAGUAAUACGGAAAGGGAGAAAGACGAAAAAGAAGGGUAAAUCUACUACAAGGGAACAUGGCAGUAUCAGCAAGAAGAGCAGAAAAAGCACUAAAGGCAGAAAAAAAUUAGACGAUGAAUAUGUUGUCAACCUCGGCAGGGACAGCGUUAAAACUCAUCAGGAUACAUCUGAAAUCAUAUUACUUGACUCUGAAUAA